CACUUCCGGGCUCGGUACGACGCUGGGCCGGCGGCGUUAUUUAGGGCCUCUGGCCGCAGGUCCUCCCCGGUUCCGGUCAUUCUGAAAAGCCCGCUGUGAUCUCGGCGGGGCCGGAGAGGUACUUCCCGGCCGCUGCACGUGCCCCCGACCCGUCGGCUGCACGGGGCGGGCGAGGCCCUUCCCGGUGCAGGUUCGGAGUUCCGUCGGGGCCAGCGGGCCUGUGUGCGGCUCGAGUCCGGGAAGCCGGUUACCCGGGUCGGGGCUCGGCGCUGACGUUCUGACCCUUCUUUCUUCUCUCUCUGUACUGAAGCGUCGCAGACGCUUGUGUGAGUCCCUCAUGGCAGAUACGACCCCGAACGGCCCCCAAGGCGGGGGCCCUUUGCAAUUCAUGAUGACCAAUAAACUGGACACAGCAAUGUGGCUAUCUCGCUUGUUCACAGUUUACUGCUCGGCCUUGUUUGUUCUGCCUCUUCUUGGGUUGCAUGAAGCAGCAAGCUUUUACCAACGUGCUUUGCUGGCAAAUGCUCUUACCAGUGCUCUGAGGCUACAUCAAAGAUUACCACAUUUCCAGUUAAGCAGAGCAUUCCUGGCCCAGGCUUUGUUAGAGGACAGCUGCCACUACCUGUUGUAUUCACUCAUCUUUGUCAAUUCCUACCCUGUUACAAUGAGUAUUUUCCCAGUCUUGUUAUUCUCUUUGCUUCAUGCUGCUACAUAUACGAAAAAGGUCCUUGAUGCAAAGGGUUCAAAUAGUUUACCUCUGCUGAGAUCCGUCUUGGACAAAUUAAGUGCUAAUCAACAAAAUAUUCUGAAAUUCAUUGCCUGUAAUGAAAUAUUCUUGAUGCCUGCUACAGUUUUUAUGCUUUUUAGUGGUCAAGGAAGUUUGCUCCAGCCUUUUAUAUACUAUAGGUUCCUUACUCUUCGAUACUCCUCUCGAAGAAAUCCAUAUUGUCGGACUCUGUUUAAUGAACUGAGGAUUGUCGUUGAACACAUUAUAAUGAAACCUGCCUGCCCUCUGUUUGUGAGAAGACUUUGUCUCCAGAGCAUUGCCUUUAUAAGCAGACUGGCACCGACAGUUGCAUAGUUUACCAUGCAGUCGAGCUGUACAUACAAUACAAGCAUUAUUAGCAGCUGGUACUUCUGCUAGGGGUUGUAAUUCCAGGUGUUACACUGACCUCAAUCCAAUUUACAUAAUUUACGUAAAUGCAUCUCAAUGGAAAAAUAAUCAUUUUCCUAGCAUGUUAAAUCAAGCUUAAAAAGUUUUGAGUAAAUUUUUCUAUGCUGUGUUGCUAAUGGUCAAGGAAGUUUGUAUCUCGUGAUAAAAAUUACCAGUUUUCUUUUUUAGAUACUGUUGUGCCUACAUCAUGAAAUACAUUUAUUUCUCUGGUAAAAAUAACUCUAAAUUUUGUUUCAGUAUAGUUAGUAACCUGAAUUUGGCAUGAGUUAAGGUAAUAUUAACAUGACAAUUUGGUAGAUUUUGAGACAGUAUUCUUCCAUUUAGUAAUUUUGGUUCAUAAUUUUAACAGAAGCACUUCUCACUGUAUUUAACUUUCAGUUGUUGCUGAAUUGACUUUGUGCUGCUGAAUUCUGUAUGUACCUUAUGCUCUGACCUACAAUUUUAUUUCUAUGAUUCCUGCUGUGGCUUUGAGUAUUUUUUAAAAGACUCAAUUUGUAAGCCUUUUAUCCAAUUGGAUAAAUAAAUACUUGGGUCACCUAACCAUUUUACAAUAGAAAGCAGUAACACAGAUUUCCUUUCAUAGACCCGCUGAGUAACAUUUCUCAAAUAGGAAGUCCUUCUCUUACAAUAUGGACACAUAGGUUAUUAGUAUUAUUAUAAUUCAUAGAAUUACCUAGUUCAGAUUCCUGACGGGAAAUUUUCUGUUUCUUAGGCUUGAAGUUUUAUAGACGGUUGUAGCAGUUUAGAUGCCUUUUGAAAAGAAUGUAACUGAAGAUUGAUCAUUUGACUAUACUCGUGUCUGUUCUGAAGUACUAAUGAGAAGCCUCCUGUAGAUUACAUAUUUACAUAUCAAAUCUGAUUGACAGGUUGAAUGGAAGGGUUGAUAGGUGAGCUGAUUGACUGGGAAUGGACUGGGGGAGGACCUGUGGGGUGGGGGAAUAAUGGCAUUUCAGUCUUGUAAUAGAAAAUUUGGGGGAAUUCAAUAUAUUAUGCAACUGUGAUUUGGGUUGUAUAAUGUGUUCUGUUCAUUGAGCUCCCAUAAAUUCUUUCAUGGAAUUCAUGCUGAUCCUCAUGACUUUUGCACGAUUGGGAAUGUGUAAAACAUUGCACAGUUGUAGUACUGAGUAACAGUGGUUUUGUAACCAAUUUUCCUCUGUCUGCAUGUAAUUUGGAUUUCUCAGAUACGUUUAUUAGUAACUUACCAGUAACAUCAGUUUUCUUUCUGUUCAAUUUCUUAAUCUUUAGAAAAAUUAUAUACUUAAGGUAGAUUACAAGAAAAAUUCUACUUGAUAGCUCAGCUAGAACCGCCUAUUUUUAUAUUUUUGUACUAUUUAUCCACUAAGUUGGAGAAGCAGCCUCAUAACCUGCAGUUGGUUUUGUGUCUGUCUGGUGAGCCUCCUUAUCACUAUACGUGUAAUCUGAUGGUUUAAACUAACUUUCUAGAGCAAUAAAUUGACUAUAAUGUCAAGUAAA